AUGACCUUGCGAUCACGGCAAGUUCAAAGACCCCACCACCCAAUAGGCCUUCGCAGCGAACACGUCGCCGAGUUCGAAAGACUCCUCUGGGUCGAACCAAAAUACGACCCAACUUCCUCGGACGAAUACAAAAUAAAAUAUGACAGCGAUGACUCCACCCUCAUAACCGUGACAGGCACAAAAUACAGCGACAGACGUGUCCGCGAGUUUCGUGAUGCGUCAGGACUCCCCAUGUUCGAAGCACAGCGUUCACGGACACUUUGGAAAAACAAGCCCUGGCGAAUCCGGUUACCCGGAAAUGUGAAAGAGGACCUUGCCGAUGUAAAGCCGUCGGGGUGGUUGCAAAACUUUAAUUUGACGUUCCGGAAUGCGCUUGCCCAGGAUGCGAAAAACAAUGAUGAUAAGAUGGUCACUUUGGAGGUUAGACGUUCUUCAGCACUUUGCGAGUUCGGAGUCUGGACAAGUGGCCACCGGAAAGUGGCCGACAUUCGUGAAAGUAUGGAGAGAAAUAGAAUUUCAAGUUCCUUGUCGAUGAUGGCUUCUGGGAAGGGAGGAUAUUUUUCUCCACCGAGGGCGAUUAUGGAGGUUCUUGUAGCUGAUGGAUUUGACUUUUCUAUUGCAUCACUCUGUGCAAUCAUUAUAUGUGAUGCGUACUUUAGGCCUACACCUCCUACUCAAAUUGAGAUUCGAGAGCUGGAAAAACGGCUAAAUCCUAAGAUGGUAUCAUGA